AUGAAAAUUGAAAUGAUUUUGAUAGUUUUAUAUUAUAUAGUGUUCACAGUUCAUGCAGCUAUACAUCGUGUCACUAUGAAGAAAACUGCAUCCAUCCGUCAACAACUGUUACGAACGGGGAAAUUGAAGGAAUACAAACGGCUAGUCCAAUCAUCACUGAAACAAAGUGGAAUUUUUCAAUAUAUAGAAUACAUGGAUAAUCUUUAUGUAAUCAACAUUACCAUCGGAUCACCACCACAACAUUUCGAAAUUGUUCCUGAUACAGGAAGCUCAGAUUUAUGGGUUGUUUCAACUGAUUGUAACAGUGAAUCAUGCGCAGGAAGUGAAAUAUACGUGAAAAAUCAGUUUGAUCCAAGCAUAUCUUCAACAUAUUCAUCUUAUGGUCACAACUUUUCAAUAAAUUAUGAAUUAGGCUAUUCUGAAGGUAUACUUGGGAUUGAUCAACUUUCCUUUGCUGACUUCACAAUUAAAAGACAAGUAUUCGGUCUAGCAAAUAAUCUUGCCGAUUUCUUCGGUUACCUUCCGAUCGAUGGUACUAUGGGUCUUGCUUGGCCAGCUCUUUCAUCUUUUCACGUUACCACACCGAUACAAAAUAUAAUUGGCGAAUUAGAUUUGCCAAUAAUAGCAAUUUACAUGUCUCAACGAGAAAGUGGUAAAGGCGUAAUUACCUUUGGUAGUUCUGAUUACGAAAAUUGCGAUCCAGUGAUUAACUGGGUACAGUUAACCUCACAGACUUUCUGGCAAUUUACCAUACAAGGUGUGAGAGUUCAAACAUACGAGAGCACUGGUUGGCAACAAGCAAUCUCCGAUUCCGGAACAUCCUUCUUGCAAAUACCAUCAUUUCUUAUGAAACCAAUCCUGGAAAAGAUUAAUGCUACGUAUUCAUUUGUAUAUGAAGCUUACGUGGUUGACUGCAUCACGCAAUAUAUUGGUCCUUCUAUUCAAAUUAAGAUAGGCAGCAUUUAUUACUCAAUAUUACCCAAUCAAUAUAUUCAAACGUAUACCGAUAACUCUCAAUAUUCAAUAUGUAUUUUUGCUGCAUUCGAGAAUUUUGGUAUUGGAUUUAGUCCAUCAUGGAUUCUUGGUGAUGUCUUUAUCCGUUCUUAUUGCAAUAUCUAUGAUUUCGGAAACGGUCGUAUUGGUUUCUCUGAAGUUAUAGAUGAGAUACUUUAA